GGGGCCGAGCAUUCGGUACGAACUUCUCGCAGUCCUCGGAGGCCGCCGUUUGGACGCGGCCCGCACCGCUCCCAGCCGGCAGAGCCGGGGUCGCGGCGGGGCCGAGCAGCCCGGCCCGUUCGUCCCGGAGGAGCCCGAGGAACUGAGUGUAAAUGGAGUCAUGGUGUGAAAUGCUCAGAGUCAGCACUACUGAAAGCAGCGUAUGUUGAAGUGCAGCAUCUGUGAAUACAAACCUGCCCUUCUGGGACACUGUGCAAAAUGAUGUAACGGAGUGAAAAAGCUCUGCAGAGAGAGAUUUCACCUGCUGUAACUGAGUCUUUGCUGCAAUACUUCACAAGGCCCGGGUGUGAUGCUUUCCUGACUUGCAGUGGGAUUGUAUUGUAGGCAAAAAGCUGUUGGCAAUAACAGCUGGAGAUCCUGAGGCUUUGGUUUGCUGCCCUGCACCUGAGCUGCAGCUCUGCUACAAAGAGGCAACACUGAGGAAAGCCUUUAGUGCUUGGGGGCUAGGAUUCCAAGAGGAGAAUUUUCUUGACCUUGUUUGGGCAGUCCUUGAGGAUGGCAAGCAAAGGACCCACGGCUUCUGCAUCAGCAAAGAGCUCCAGUACUGGAGGGACCAGUGGCAGCAGCAGCAGUAAUGGUUCUGGGGACAACACUAACCAGGACAACACUUUUGAAUGCAACAUCUGUUUAGACACUGCCAAGGAUGCAGUUAUCAGCUUGUGUGGGCACCUCUUUUGUUGGCCUUGUUUACACCAGUGGCUAGAGACCAGGCCAAACAGACAAGUGUGUCCUGUAUGCAAAGCAGGAAUCAGUCGAGAUAAAGUUAUUCCUCUCUAUGGAAGAGGUAGCACUGGGCAACAGGACCCCAGAGAGAAAACUCCACCACGACCCCAAGGACAGAGGCCUGAACCAGAGAACAGAGGGGGAUUCCAGGGCUUUGGGUUUGGUGAUGGUGGCUUCCAGAUGUCCUUUGGAAUUGGGGCUUUUCCCUUUGGUAUAUUUGCAACAGCCUUCAACAUAAACGACGGGCGACCUCCUCCAGCUGUUCCAGGGACUCCUCAAUAUGUGGAUGAGCAGUUCCUUUCCCGCCUCUUCCUGUUUGUGGCACUGGUGAUAAUGUUCUGGCUGUUGAUUGCAUAAGUCUUUUCCAUUAUUCUAUAUAUUCAUGACCAACAAGGCCACUGAAACAGUUACAAACUGCAUCCCCAUCCCAUUUUAAACCUCUUGGUGUCUGGUUCCGUAGCUAACUAUGGGCUUCAGGAAUUGGUGGUACCACAGCACAAUGAGGAAUCUCACAUUUUGCACCAGAGUUGGUAAUUAAAACAUUGGUUUCAAAGUGUAUUUCAGCUCAGAUAUCUUGUACAAUGGGUUCCUGCCACAAACUGUGGGCCUAGCGUUGAGCUGCACUCCGAAAGGGAGUGCUGCUUUGAAAUCCUGUGCCAAUCAGUGACACCAGGUCUGUGGGAUACACAGUCAUCCCUAACAGACUGGGCAGGUAAGGAAACUUCUCCAGUGUGACCAGUAUCUCCUGCUUUGCAACCAUGAAGGAUCUGCCAGAGCUGCAGAUGUUAUUUCAUGUCUCCAUCAACAUCUGGCCUUCUCCAGGAAACCAUCUGCAGCACUGCUGGGACUCUGGGGCACAGCAGGCAGAGCCAGCUCUGGAGACUGGUUCCAGUUUCUUUUCCGUCUGUUAUUUCCCGGUGUGAUGGAAAACCCUUCCUGAUGCUUCUGAUGGCUGUUAGAAGAAGGGAUACAAAUUUAUGCUGCAAUUUUUUAAAGCCUGAGUAUGCUGGAGCCAGCCACUGGAAGAUUCUCUGGCUGUGGAGCCAGGUGGGGCUGCUGGACCCAGCCCAGUUCCUCACUGACAAACAGUGUUGUCUUCCCCAGCUCUGUGCAGCACCUGGGCUGCACUCGUGGAUAAUCCCCCACAACCUCGUCACUGUAGCGACAUUUAUCUUUCUCAAGGCUUUGAGACUUUCUGCACGAGGUCAUGUACUCCAGUUAAAAUCCUAUUACAGACCUGAGAUCAGCUUGUUUGGGGAGAGGAACAAAAGGCCUCUUUACGUGAGUUUUGAGGUAAAACUUGUCAUACUGUAAAAUUACACAGGAAGAGGCCUAAGAUCCUGCCUUUGCCAGCACAUGCUCAGUAGGGAACAUUUGGAAGACUUUCUCUCUGCAGGUGCACACAGACCUUCUCCUGUGCCACAGCAGAACAGCUCCAGAGUCUCUGCAGCUAAAAUCUACCAAAGAUUUUAAUUUGAAGUGCUGGAGGAGACCACGACCACUAAUGUGCUGAGGGGAUAUUUCAGAAGGUGAGCAAUCUGCAGUCACUUUGGAAUCCUGUUGGGUAGUCAGCUUUAAAGAGUACUCCUGAUGUAUUUGUGUAGAUUCCUUUGAAACAGGUAUGAGAAAUUCCCUAGCAAGAUGAACAGUUCAUAUUUCUCUGACUAGGCAAUUCCUUUUUUUUUUCUCUUAUUGUUUUAGAUUUUUUUGAUUCCGGUCGCUUGUAGUCGUAAUGAUUUCCUGCAAGAUGAAUGUUGUGACUUCCCUGGCAGUAGGCAGAAAAACUGAAAAGCAAAUCAAUUAAUAGAAACUUUGUUUCAAUAGCUUGGGAUUUUUUUAGCGUAUGGCAGAGUUUCCUGGGCAGGACACCUUUAAUUAAUUGUAAUAGAAGUUUAUUUAUGUAAUUAUUAACUGUUUCCUUUUAGUGACAAGACAAAGUAUGACUGAAGUUUAACUUGCCUACCUCCAAAAUUCCAUCUGGCAAGUAGAAUGUUGCAAAGCUUCUGCAGUGUUUUGUCACGUCAGAUUUAUACCUGACUCGGUGAUAAUCUGACAGAAUAUAUUGCUCAACUAUUUAUAGCUGAGGUGGUGCUUCAGCUGUUGCUGUGCGACACUUCUGAGUAGCUGAACUUUGGCAUAGGGUUCUUCUCAAGUGUGUAACUUGGUAACUGGGGCCCUUCCCAGGAGGACAGGCUGUUUUGUUUGGUUGUCCUACAAUGUCGCAGCUUUGGGUUCCUCUCCUGCGCAGUCAGCACCACCUGCUGAUGGGAAGGGAAGGUUCGUGUGACAGUAAGAAGGGAUGGAUUCCUUCUCCUUUCGUGCGGAGAAACUCGAUGCUGAGAGGUUAUGCAGGGAGGAGAAUGGUAGCCCUUUGAAGCCUUUAUUCCAUAAAGAGGAUAGAGAAGUGACUGCAAUAGAUUCAAGAGGUACUGAAAUAUAUUUAAUUAAUACAUUUUAAAAACCAGAAGUUUAACGGAUCAGGGGUGGGGAUUUCCAUCUAGGAGUGAGAGAGAUAAUUGAUUUGGAGAAGGUUGCAGAAGCAUGACUGAGAGCUCUUAUUUUCUGGCAGUUCAAGGAUGAAAUAGUCUAAAAGUGUUAACGCUUGGUUCCCCCUUUCCCUGGUGUGCUUUUGUAUGUACCCCUUCCCGUAACCCGACCGCACCCGGCCCGGACGGCUCGGUUAGUGCGUGACCGUUCCUCCUCACUAAUUUUCACUGUUGUGAAAGUGAUUUAGAAUUAAAAAAUGGUUUUACAUUGA